CAAUACGAAGGUUAAUUAAAUGAUUCAACAAACUAAUGAACUGUUCAUUCCAUAUUUUAUUUAAAGCACAUGGAUGGUACAUUAUAUAUAAAUGGUUCCUUAGUAUUUCAUUCUCUAUUAUUAAAGCUCAAUGAAGUACUAAAACAAAUCGAAUGUUGCCUAAAAAGAAACGACUCAAUCAAUUUUUUAAAUUGUAAAAUAACAAUUAAGGAGCAUAACAAAAUAAUAAAAUCUAUGGAAGAAGAAUUUCAAAAGUUUAUAGUAGAAGUUGCUGAUACUUCAUGUAAACUACAAAAUAGUUUGCAAGAGAAGGCAAUCGACUAUACCAUACAGAAUGAUUCUUUUCAUUUUACAUGCCAGAGUGUAUUACGUAUGAUUCCUAGGCUUCAAUUUUCUUUUGAUGAUUGUAUGAAUAAUGAAAAGUUAAUUAAUAAGUUAUUCAUGUCUCCAGAGAAGGGAAGAUACAAAAACUUGUUUACAAGGUAUAAGAACAAUAAAUUACCUGAAAGGUCAUUAGUAAGUUCAUCCUUCAUUAAUUGCUCAGAAAGCAAUACAACUAAUUGGUUCACACCCACAACACGUUCUCCAAGAUGCAAAAGUAGCUCACCUUGCCAUAAUAAAAAGGCCUCUCCACGAUACUCUAAAUUAUUUUCACCCAGAUAUACAAAUAGACAUUUUGCAGGCACUUGUAGUAUAUCUAGUCCAAUAAAGGAUGUGGCAAAACGUCUACAGUCCAAGAAUCAAACAAUAGAUCUUAAAGCAAUGGAUGUAAAGACAGCAAUACAAAAUAUUUAUGAAUUUUCUAACCGAAUUACUGAAAUUGCAGCUUCUUUAUACGAGUCUUAAAAAAAUGGUUUUAGAGUGCAGAAAUGCAUCUGUAAGUAAUACAUGCUCAUGAUAAUAAAUUAAUAAAGACUUUGUAAGUGAUACGUGUUCACAAUAAUAAAUUAAUAAAGACUUCCAUACUGUUACAAGAAUAA